AUGAAAGCAACAAGAACACUCUCUUUCCAAAGAAUCUUCCUACUCUUUAGCACUGUAUUACUAGUAGGACUACUUCUUAAUACACUAUGUAAUAUAUUCUGGCUAGCAAUAAUCCUUGGUGCUUUAUUUUCUGUAAGUAUUUUGGUUCUGUCUGUGUGCAGAGCACUCAAUGUACCAAGCGUUUGUAACAAAGAGUAUAAUGAAUACUUAGAAAAUGGAAAGGCACAACUAAAAGAACUACUUAAGAAAUAAACCAUUUCUAUCGUAU